GUAUACUUUGUGUAUAUCUGAUAUAUGGAGCAAGUUUUAUGGGGCGUAUAGUAUUACCGCCAUCAAACAUGGCGUACAAUCUAAUCUUGGCCAAGCAAUCAAUGGCCGUCCCUCCAAAUGGAAAACUAUAGACUACACUUGGGCCCAGAAUAUGCCAAUUGCGGCUGUAGUUUGGCUUUGAUUACGCUUUGAAAUGCACGGUACCGAUCCUGUGAUGGACUGGGACAGCGACUUCGGCAUCCAUGUCGCCGUCUACCUGUCCCUGGUGUUUCUAUUUUUCUGCCUGCUCCCACUGGCCUGCUACUACAUUCGGGUGGAGAGCAAAACCCUGGCCAAGAUCUGUCCACCGCGAAGCUGUCGACGCCGUCAGCCGAGGAUCAGGCCGCAACGAUACGACAUUGGAAUCGGAUACGGAAUGGGAAUUGACCGCCAAGGUAAUGUGUUCACAGUGCCGGAGGAACGUUCGCACAACCGCUACGGCGACAUAUUCUUCAUUGAGCCCGGCAGCGAGGAGGCCAACCGCAUCCGCGAGCAGCUGGAAAAGGAUGACAAAGAACUGCCUAGCUAUGAUGAGGUGAUGCGCAUGUGCAACCUUACCACGCCCACUUCAGCGGCGGCGGGUGUGCCACAAACGCCACUCCCCGAGCCUCUGGGUCCCAUCGGAAUCGCAGCGCUUCCGGCACCUCCAUAUUCGGAGACGGAUCCCCACUCGGAUGCAGGUGGCGCUACGGUAAUCGCAAUGGAACCGGUGCAGCCGUCCACAUCCCGUGCCGCACAGGUCCUACCGACGGCGGCACCCCCUCCGAUUUCAUCCCCAGCUUCACAGACAACAGUUUGAGGAGGGAUCCUGGAACUAGAACUGAAACCAGGUGCCACUCUGGGCCAUACAAAUCUCCGUUUGUAUGCGCUUAAAAUACAGAAAUGAACAUGUGUGAUCUUAUUGAGUACAUAUUUAGUUAAGCCUUAGAGAUUAGUUGUGAGCUAUUGUAUAUAAAUAUUUAUAAAAUAUAGGAUGAAAAUUAAAGAAA